AUGUCUCAAGGCGUGUCGACGAAUGGCGCUGGGCUGACAUCAACAACGUCGACAGGCCUGACUACGACCGGUGGUGUCACCUCCCUCUCCACCGUCAUCACCAGCUCUGUCGUGCAGACGUCAAGCCCGAGCAGUGUUGUCACUACCACUGCUGCCGCUUCAACGACUAUCAGCUCAGUCGCAAGCAGUGCCGUCCAGACAAGCUCGGCAGCGGCCGCCAGUUCGAGUGCCGCCGGUUCAAAUGCUCCUGGCAGCUCCACCACAGCCGCAACGUCAGUAGCGUCAAGCACCAUUAUUACCACGUCUGCCACCACGACAUCGACAGAGGCACCAUCCAGCACGGUAUCCAGCGUUGCCGUCACGACCAGCCCCCUGGCCUCGACCCUUUCUACGGCGUCGACAGCCUCUACAAGCUCGAAUGCUGCUCCUCCCAGGUCCACGAUCUCCACCGCUGCUGGUGCUGCUACCACGAUAUCCACUACUUCGAGCGCUGCGACCACGAUCUCCACCGCUGCGGGUGCUGCUACCACUAGCUCGACUCUCUCAACUGUUGAAACAACUUCUAGCGCCGCUGCCGCUAUCUCGACGCUCUCGACAGUUACAAGCGCUGUUACUACAAGUGCAACAACUUCUACAGCUAGUAGCGUUGCCGGUGCCGGUACGACCUCGACAAUCUCUUCCGCGUCCACCGCUGCCCCAUCCAGCACGACUUCUCCAAUUAAUACCACUACUCCUUCUUCUAGCACCCUAGUCACCAGUGUUGCUACUACCACAUCAUCGGAAUCGGGUAGUAGCACAACUUUACUGACUUCUUCGUCUCUAGUAUCCUCUUCCACUACUGUUGUCACGUCAGCUUCCACUAUUGCUCCAACGACGAUCAGCACCACGGUGGCACCCACAACGGUCUCGACCACUACUACAGCAAUAGCGACGACCACUAUGACCACUUCGGCUGCAGCAGCUGUCACAUCUUCGACAACAACGACAUUGUCCCCUUCACCAGCCAGCAGCUCGACCACGACCUCUGUGGCUUCGUACAGCCCACCUGCGGGUCCGAACGCCUCGAGCUUGGCCUCAACAGUCCUGGUAGCCCAAGUAACACCUGCUGCAGCGUCAAGUGGCGUGCUCUGCGCAGGGGUCAACUUCCAGACCUCCCCGACCGUUCAGCCCCUCCCAGUCCAAACGGGGGCGUAUAACUACCAGAAAGUGGCUCUGUCUAACGCGCCAAAUGCCGUCUACGAGAUCGAAUGCUUCAUGAGCUCGGCUUCAGGCACUGCGCCGCCCGCCACCCCCAACGUGAAUUCGCUCGAAGCGUGCAUGGACCUUUGCAAUCAGGCUGGUGCAAGCUGCGCGGUUGCCUACUGGGCAUCUUCGCUUGCGCAGUGCUCGCUUUUCCCCGCACAGUCUAGCAAUGGUCUGUUGACCCCGAACAGCUUCGUCGGUAACUACGUCCGCACCGCCAGACUCCUGACUUCCACUUCUCCCAAUGUCAUCGAUGCUACUUACCUCCUGGCGCCGGGUUACGACCUCAACCUUUGCGGAGGGCCGAACGCCAACUAUUACGACAGGACCUUUGUCGGCGUCUAUGGCAGAGGCGCUACCGGUACUGGCGGCCCCUUCAUCCAGGGUGGAUCCCGCAACGACGUGUUCCUGAUCACCUGCGCGGGCUACUCGUAUUACACGAGCGGCAUUGCUGGCUCUCAAGUGGUCACGUCUACUGCCGCCACGACCUAUGGCUUCGGGGGUGUCAUCACCACUGCUGACGACUGCGCUCGUCUGUGCGAGAUCCUGAACGCCGCGGCCAACUACGGAGGGGGUUGCCGAUUGUUCGAGUGGUACGGUUCCAACACCUGCAAUCUGUACUCCAGCCGUCCUGGUUUCUCCAAUGCGCCUGCUGUCCGAGCUGGCGUCCUCGCCGCCGGAAUAUCCCGCGCAAGCGCCAGUUCCGAGUUCACCGCCGGUAAUGGCGGCCCGCAGAGCUAUAGGAAGCGUUCACUUCCCCCUGGCGUCGGCUCGUACCGCCAGCACCCCAGAGAUGCUCUCGCUGAGACUGAUUACCUGACCCCCGACGUCAUCCUUCAGUACAGCAGCAACUCAUCGGUUUGGUGA